UGGAACGUACUCCGCCGGAGCCACCGAUGAGCGCAAGCGUAGCUCGGAGCGGUUGAUUGAUUUUGGUGUCCUGUUUUUUCGAAGACGUAGCUGUUGGACAUCGAUUGGAGAUCCAUCAAUCCGCCAUGGCGGAUAUAAAGAACUUCCUGUAUGCUUGGUGUGGGAAGAAAAAACUAACACCCAACUAUGAUGUUAGAGCCGCUGGGAACAAAAACCGGCAGAAGUUUCUGUGUGAGGUUCGUAUUGAUGGGUUCAACUACACUGGAAUGGGAAACUCGACCAACAAGAAGGAUGCCCAGGCAAAUGCUGCCAGAGACUUUGUCAAUUAUCUUGUCAGAGUUGGAGAGAUCAAUGCAGCUGAAGUCCCAGCCCUUGGGGCAAGUGUUACUGACUACAGUGUGCCUGACUGUGGAGGAGGUGGUAAUGGCGAUAAUGUUGGCUUUGGAAGUCUUCCUGCGAGUGGACCUAUCCCACCUCACCUGGUUGUGAAAGCUGAACAAGGAAGCACGCCCUCUGGACCUGUCCCAGGUGUCACUGGUUUGGGAUAUUCGGGCGGCGGCGGCAAUUAUUCUGGAGGGGUUGGAAACAGCAAUGCCCCAUGGGAAAGGGGGGCUAAUCUGAAGGACUACUACUCUAAGAGGGACGAGCAAGAGGCACAGGCGACUCUGGAGUCCGAGGAGGUAGACCUGAACGCAGGACUCCAUGGCAACUGGACUUUAGAGAAUGCCAAGGCCCGUCUCAACCAGUUUUUCCAGAAGGAAAAAAACCAAACCGAUUACAAAUACAGCCAAGUGGGUCCUGACCACAACAGGAGCUUUAUUGCGGAGAUGCAGUUAUUUGUCAGACAGCUUGGUAGAAAGAUAACUGCCCGUGAGCAUGGAUCUAACAAGAAGCUGGCCGCCCAGUCCUGUGCUCUGUCCAUGGUCCGGCAGCUGUACCACCUGGGUGUCAUUGAGGCUUAUACGGGCAUCACAAAGAAAAAAGAUGGGGAAGCUCUGGAAGCUUUUGCAGUGAAUGUGGGAGAAGAUUUGCAACAUCAGCUACGUAGUGUUACCGAAGAAUUGGGAGUUACGAUACCACCUCCACCGUCCGAUCCAGGUACCCCGGUGUCCCUGGUCCAAGGGAAGAUGGCUGUGUUCGAGCCCUCCCAGAGACAGAUGACAGCCGGCGUGGUGCCCUGGUCCCCCCCUCAAGUCAACUGGAACCCCUGGACCAGCAGCAAUAUAGACGACGGCCCGUUAGCAUUUUGCACUCCAGAGCAAAUCAGCGCUGACCUCCAUAAUGAGCUUAACUAUCAGCUGGAACAAGAUCAAAGCCUACAGAAGGUAAUUGGAGAGAGAGACGGGCUUCCGGUGAAGAAGUUUGAGGAGGAAAUAUUGUCCGCCGUUCAGCACAACUCAGUAGUGAUCAUCCGAGGGGCGACUGGCUGCGGCAAAACCACCCAGGUGCCCCAGUUCAUCCUGGAUCAGUUCAUCAAGAGCGAGCGGGCGGCAGAAUGUAACAUUAUCGUAACACAGCCUCGACGUAUCAGUGCGGUGUCAGUGGCGGAGCGUGUGGCCUACGAGAGAGGAGAGGACAUCGGUAAGAGCUGUGGGUACAGCGUCCGGUUUGAAUCCAUCCUCCCGCGACCACACGCCAGCAUCAUGUUCUGCACUGUGGGUGUGUUACUGCGCAAGUUGGAAGCAGGUAUUCGUGGGAUCAGCCAUGUGAUUGUGGAUGAGAUUCACGAGAGAGACAUCAAUACUGACUUCCUCAUGGUGGUUCUGCGGGACGUCGUCCAAACGUACCCAGAAGUCCGUGUCAUCCUCAUGUCGGCCACCAUCGACACCACCAUGUUCAGGGAGUACUACUUCAACUGCCCCGUCAUCGAGGUGUUUGGACGCACGUUCCCUGUACAAGAGUACUUUUUGGAAGAUUGCAUUCAGAUGACCAAGUUCAUUCCGCCCCCGAAUGACAGAAAGAAGAGGGACAGGGACGAGGAGGGAGGAGAGGAAGAGGCCAACUGCAAUGUGAUAUGUGGUCCGGAUUACACCCCUGAGACGAAGCGCGCGAUGGCUCAGAUUAACGAAAAGGAGACUCCUUUUGAGCUGGUGGAGGCCCUGCUGAAGUACAUCGAGACUCUCCAGGUAGCCGGGGCGGUGCUCGUGUUUCUUCCCGGCUGGAACCUCAUCUACUCCAUGCAGAAACACCUGGAGAUGAAUCCCCACUUCGGGAGUCAGCGGUACCUGAUCCUGCCUCUCCACUCCCAGAUUCCCAGAGAGGAGCAGAGGAGGGUGUUUGAGCCUGUGCCUCCAAACAUCACCAAGGUGAUCUUGUCAACAAACAUUGCAGAGACCAGUAUUACCAUCAAUGAUGUCGUAUAUGUCAUCGACUCUUGCAAGCAGAAGGUGAAGCUGUUCACGUCUCACAACAACAUGACCAACUACGCCACGGUGUGGGGUUCCAAGACCAACCUGGAGCAGAGGAAGGGUCGGGCAGGCCGCGUCCGAGCCGGCUUCUGCUUUCAUCUGUGUAGCAGGGCGCGUUUCGACAAAUUGGAGACCCAUAUGACUCCGGAGAUAUUCCGUACUCCUCUCCACGAGGUAGCCCUGAGCAUCAAGCUGCUGAGGCUAGGUGCCAUUGGUCAUUUCCUUUCCAAGGCCAUCGAGCCCCCUCCCUUGGACGCGGUCAUCGAGGCUGAACACACGCUGAGAGAACUGGAUGCUUUGGACACAAAUGAUGAGUUGACUCCUCUUGGUCGGAUCCUCGCAAAGCUUCCAAUCGAGCCACGCCUGGGAAAGAUGAUGAUUAUGGGCUGCAUAUUCAAUGUUGGAGAUGCGGUGUGCACCAUCUCAGCAGCCUCCUGCUUCCCAGAGCCCUUCGUCAACGAUGGCAAGCGAUUGGGUUAUGUGCAUCGCAACUUUGCAGGCACCCGUUUCUCAGAUCACGUGGCACUGCUCUGUGUAUUCCAGGCUUGGGAUGAUGUGAGAAUGGCUGGUGAGGAUGCCGAAUCCAGAUUCUGUGAACACAAGAGGCUCAACAUGUCUACCCUGAGGAUGACCUGGGAGGCCAAAGUGCAACUGAAGGAGAUCCUGGUCAACUCUGGCUUCCCUGAGGAGUGCUUGAUGACACAGAAUUUCAACAACAUUGGACCUGACAACAACCUGGAUGUGGUCAUCUCUCUCCUGACCUAUGGCUCCUACCCUAAUGUGUGCUACCACAAGGAGAAGAGAAAGAUUCUCACCACUGAGGGGCGCAAUGCCCUCAUCCACAAAUGCUCCGUUAACUGCCCCUUUAGCAACCAGGACAUGACCUACCCAUCACCGUUCUUCGUCUUUAGUGAAAAGAUCCGAACACGAGCUAUCUCAGCCAAAGGAAUGACGCUAGUCAGCCCACUGCAGCUGAUCUUGUUUGCCUCCAAGAAAAUCACAUCAAACGGAGAAAUCGUUGAACUGGAUGAUUGGAUCAAACUAAAGAUACCACAUGACGUGGCCGGCUGCAUAUUGGCCCUGAGGGCCGCAAUGGAGGCCCUGGUUGUGGAAGUCACCAAAGACCCUGAGUAUAUCCGACAGCUGGACCCCACAAACGAGCACAUGCUCAACGUCAUCCGCCAGAUCUCCAAGCCCUCCGCAGCCGGGCUUAACCUUAUGGCCAACAAUCAACGUUUUGGAGAUGGUCCACGUCCUCCCAAGAUGGCCAGGUUUGAUGGCGGUGGAGGAGGUUACCAAGGCGGAAGAGGUUCUGGGUACAGGGGAGGCGGCGGGGGCGGUUACAGAGGAGGCGGCGGGGGGGGUUACAGAGGGGGCGGAGGAUACCAAGGAGGCGGCGGAUACACAGGGGGUCGGGGUGGUGGAUACCGUGGGGGUGGGGGAUACCGCGGUGGUGGGGGUUUCCGCGGCUCGGGUGGUAACAGAGGGGGGGGUGGUUACGGAGGUGGGAACUGGGGUGGAGGAUACAGAGGGGGUCGGGGGUAUUAGAACAUUUUAAGGGUAGCUGUUUUAGAUGUUGUGGAUUCAAAUGCAUUGUAUGACCUUGAGGAGCAUAAUGUUUGUUUUCAACUGUCAUAUUAGGACUUUUUGGUUUUGGUUAACUCUGAAAUCAAGGUAUUGGCCCACAGAUGUUAAAUAUUCACUUUGAAACUGCUAAAUAUUACUAUUGAGAGUAUUAUAUACCAUCCAUUCUCUGUAUUGGCAUUUGUGUGGGCUGAUUGGAUUUGUUUUGGUGUUAGUGUUCAGUACUUUGUCAUUAGACUGAUUUUUGUAUGUAAUUUAGAACUCAAAGGUUUCCUACAAAAGUAAAUUCAAUAAAAUACACACCCCACACA